AUGUCGUGCGAGACCACUAAAGGGGAGAUAACAUUGCUGGUGAACGUUGCUAGAACCGUACAGGAAGCCAAGUUCUAUGUAAUCGAAGGGGAUAUGAUAUAUAACGCUUUGUUCGAGAGGCCAUGGAUUCACAACAUGAGAGCAGUACCCUCGACACUGCACCAAGUGCUGAAAUUCCCAUCACCCGGAGGAGUCCAAACAGUUUAUGGGGAACAACCGGCCACCAAGGAGAUGUUUGCAGUUGAUGAGGUGAUCCCAGCAUCCACACUCUCGACAUCGGAGGAUCCGAAUCAUAUUGUCAAAGACGGGACCAAAUAG